AUGUCUGCUUCUACUCGCAUCCCCCCGAUCGCUCAGCCCUUCGUCAGCGACCGGGCCAAGAAGACCCUUGAUCUGGUCGAGGAAUUUGUUGAGAAAGACUGCGUCCCCGCCGACGCCGUAUUCUCCGCCCAGCUCGGCGAGGGCGAAAAGCGAUGGCAGACGACCCCGGCCGUGAUGGAGAGCUUGAAGGUGAAGGCUAAGAAGCUGGGUCUGUGGAACAUGUUCUUGCCCAAGAACCACUUCAACCAAGGUGCUGGGUUUAGCAAUGUGGAGUAUGGUCUGAUGGCGGAGUUGCUGGGCAAGAGCAAGAUUGCCUCAGAGGCGACGAACAACGCUGCUCCAGAUACGGGCAACAUGGAGGUCCUGGCGAAGUAUGGUAAUGAGGCACAGAAGCGGGAAUGGUUGACGCCGUUGCUGGAUGGCAAGAUCCGGUCUGCGUUCCUAAUGACCGAGCCCGACGUGGCGUCUAGCGAUGCAACCAACAUCGAGUUGAAUAUCCGCCGCGAGGGCAAUGAAUAUGUGCUGAAUGGCUCGAAAUGGUGGUCUUCUGGUGCCGGCGACCCUCGCUGCAAGAUCUACCUGGUUAUGGGCAAGUCGGACCCGAACAACCGCGACACCUACCGCCAGCAGUCCGUCGUGCUGGUGCCUGCUGGCUUGCCAGGAAUCACCGUGCACCGCAUGCUGCACGUCUAUGGCUACGACGACGCCCCCCACGGCCACGGCCACAUCACCUUCACCAAUGUGCGCGUGCCCAUCUCCAAUAUUGUCCUCGGCGAAGGUCGCGGCUUCGAGAUCAUCCAGGGCCGCCUGGGCCCCGGCCGUAUCCACCAUGCGAUGCGCACGAUCGGUGCGGCCGAGAAGGCGCUCGAGUGGAUGAUCGCGCGCGUCAACGACGAGAAGAAGCAGACCUUCGGCAAGCCGUUGUCCGCGCACGGCGUCAUCCUUGAAUGGAUCGCCAAGUCACGCAUCGAGGUCGACGCCGCCCGCCUGAUCGUCCUCAACGCCGCCAUCAAGAUCGACCAGGGCGACGCCAAGUCCGCUCUUAAGGAGAUCGCCCAGGCCAAGGUGCUCGUGCCGCAGACCGCGCUGACCAUCAUCGACCGCGCCGUUCAGGCCUACGGCGCUGCUGGCGUUUGCCAAGAUACCCCGCUGGCGUACCUGUGGGCGGGCAUCCGCACCCUGCGCAUCGCAGACGGCCCCGACGAGGUGCAUCUGCAGCAGCUGGGCCGCCGGGAGAAUCGCGCCCGCAAGGACGCCAUCUCGGCGAAGCUGAAGUGGCAGCAGGAGGAGUCGGAUCGGUUGCUUAUUGCGUCGGGGUUCAAGGCUAAGAGCCACCUGUAG